AUGGUCAGCCUGCGCGCACUGCUGGCAGGCCCUCAGAUCAACACACCAGAAAGGGUGGGUUGUGCAGGGCGACGCAACCCAGUGAGAGCAGCUCCAAGGGAGGGAGCGGCGCCAGCGGUGGAGGGGGCAGAGACUGCAGUUUGGGACCCAGAAGGGCUUCUACCCCCAAUUGGCUCCACAACAGGGGGCCACUUUGAGCGGCGAGCUGCGCAAAGAGCAGCCAGGCUGGCGGCUGCCGAGGCAGAGGCAUCGCAGCUGGGCAUUUUGGGCAACGCGGAUGCAACUCGAGAAGCGAUCUUCCAGCCAAACCUGGCGCCUCAGGAGGGGUUCACACCCACGUCUGCCAUCUCAGACAGCUCCUUGAGGUCAGAAUGCGAGAUCCGCCUCGAGAAGUUUAUGCCCAUGAACUUGGACUACCCUGGGCUAAACCUGCUGCACUCCGACCCGCCAAUAUUCAGCAUAGACAAUUUUCUGACCGCAGAGGAGUGCGAAGGCAUCAUCCAAGGAGCAGCAGGUCGUCUGGAGGCAUCGUAUGUGGGGUCAGGCAAUGCGAGCGAGGCGGCGGCUGGGAAGGCUGUGAUAAGCCGGCGCCGCACGAGCCAGAACAUGAUGAUGGACGACUUCAUGACCACCAAGAACCCCAGAAUGGCGCGCAUUGUGAAGAGCCUCCACUCAAAAUCCCUUAGCCUGUUUUCCGCAGGUGAUGGGGAGACGUGGGGAACUGCAGGGAGGCUCCCAAAGCCAGGGCAGUUUUGCUUUGAGUCUUUGCAAGUGGCGCGAUACCAGGACGGUCAGUAUUUCAUGGCUCACGAGGAUGCAUUCCCUCUGCAUGUGGUGCCUGAGAACAGAUUCCAACGAACUGCAACACUGCUGCUCUACCUCAACAGCGUGGAAGAGGGGGGAGCCACACACUUUGAGCUGCUGAACAUUUCGGUGAAGCCUGCCUGCGGCAAAGCACUGCUCUUCUUCCCUGCCUUCAUGGAUGGCAACCCUGACCCCAGGACCCUGCACACAGCCACAAACGCCUUGGACACAAAGUGGAUUGCGCAGCAGUGGGUGGCAUGCGGACAUGCCGUGCCGAGCGCCCCAGUCGCGACAAAAACCUUUUCCUUGAAUGUAAGCCCGAAGGAGAGCCAGCAAGGACCACCAGGUAAAGCCAAAGGCAAGAAGGCAGACAAAACAGCUAAGAAGGCUGUGAAGAAAGGCUUUGGAGCAACGUGA